CCCCCUUGAGCUGUUGCAUGUUUCAACCAUGGUCUCUCUUCACUCCCUCUGCCUUGUCAGUUUGAAUGAGUCACUUGGUGCUUGUGUUUGGAUUCUCCUCACUGAAAAGCAGAUGAAGCGCCAGAUAAAGGCAAUGCUACAACAAUUUCAAGGGUCUGGACCCUCUUACCAGGAGAAACAGAGCUCAAGAGCACCGUCUUCUGGCAAAAAGGAAAACAUCUAGGGAUUCUUGUUGGAUUACACAUAAUCAUCUUCAUGUAAUCUCUCCAUCCGUUGAAGGAGCUCUGGUAUUUUUUAAGUAUAUCUUCUUGUUAGUUUGUUUUGGACUAAUUAUUCACACGGCCAAAAGCAUGUCAACAAAAUGACUUCAUAGCCAAUGACUACACGCAGAGUAGAAGACAAGCAAGAUAAAGCAUGGAGGCUUUUAGUUCUGCUCAUGCAGGGACUUUCCCCUCGACACCCAUAUUCCCCACCUCCCCCACUCCCUCCUCUCCUGGCUACUUGCAGUUCUUCUGGGAGUACCAGGACAAUUCUGUCAUUGUGGAACAUUACAACUACACUGGUAAGCUGCAGAAAGACCGCUACCGCGAGGGCCUCAAACCUGAGGGCAUAGCGUUCCUGGUGGUGUGUCUCCUCAUCGUCCUGGAGAACGCCGUGGUUCUCAUUGCAAUUUGGAGGAACAAGAAGUUCCACCUGCCCAUGUACUACCUGCUGGGUAACCUGACUCUGUCUGACCUGUUGGCUGGGAUUACUUACAUGGCCAACAUUAUCAUGUCGGGAUCUUAUACUCUGAAACUGACGCCGUUGCAGUGGUUCCUAAGGGAAGGAGGGGUUUUCAUCACUCUGGCUGCCUCCAUCAUCAGUCUGCUGGCCAUUGCAAUUGAGCGCCAUGUUACUAUGGUGACAAUGAGGCCAUACCAUGGGGCAAAGCGGGGACGGAUGUUGGCACUGAUUGGUGCAAGUUGGGCCCUGGCAUGCUUUUUGGGGGUCCUACCGAUUCUGGGGUGGAACUGCAUUCACAGACUGGACCAGUGUUCAACAGUGCUCCCACUUUAUGCCAAGAGCUACAUCCUCUGCUGCGUAUCUGUGUUCAGUGCAGUGCUCCUGGCCAUUGUGGUCCUUUACGCCAGAGUUUUCCGCAUUGUCCGUAGCAACACGCAGCGCCAGCGGCUUGGCCUGUCAGGCAGCAUGCGAAAAGGCUUAGCGAGGAAGUCGCAGAAGUACAUCGCCCUCCUCAAGACAGUCACCAUUGUGCUGGGCGUCUUCAUCGCCUGUUGGCUGCCCCUCUUCCUCCUCCUCCUCCUUGACUUUUUCUGCCCGACCCACAGCUGCCGCCUGCUCUACAAGGCCGAUUACUUCUUAGGAGUGGCCAUGGUCAACUCGCUCCUCAACCCCAUCAUCUACACACUGACCAGUAAAGACAUGAGGAGAGCUAUUCUGAGGCUGCUCUGUCGGCCAUGUCUGAUGACCAGAGAUGGCCAAGUAAAGAAGAUCGGGAUGCCAUUCCUGGAGUGCAGCUUCAGUAAGAGUGAGGUCGCCUCCCAGAAGUUAGAGGGGGGACAGGAGACGACGGUUUCCUCUGGGAAUGUCAUCACCACCCCAUCACCGAUCAAAGCUCUUUACCCCAAACUCUUCAAAUCAUAAGGACCUGGACUGAUGGUGUCAGUCCGUAGAUGUGUGAAUGGGUUUCCCACUAAUCAGAGGACAUGUAGCAAGUCUAUAUCCUAUAGAGUAGAAGCAGUGCUUGUAUUCUCAAUGUUGGAUUAUAGCGAGACACGGAGGACAGGGACAAGAGAAUCAUGAUCGAACAACCUUGACAAGUCAAAAGUGGUGCAGUUAUAGCAAUAUAACCACAAAGGUCAUGGUGACAUGAUUAUGGAACAAAAGGUCACAAGAAUGCUACUCAAAUGUGAACAACAAGGAAACAAACUUUUUGGAGUAUAAUGCAAGUGAUCAGUCUCCUAAUUUGCACUGAUAUAGAACAAUGAAUGGAGCAGCAGACUUGGACAAAAUCUUCCUGUGGUUCUGUAGAUGGCGUCGAAGCCUGGAAGGACAUUUCUGUAAAGUCAAAGAUUCUCACGACUGAAAAAGUGUAAAUUAUGUUGAUGUUUUUUAUGCAUUUUCUUAUCAAAGUACCUUAAAGACAUCACAGGGACCAUGGUGUGCUGGAUUUCAUACGAUAAAACCACAGAGCACCCCCACACAUCUGUGUACGUGGUGCAGGGAGAAAGAUAACAGGAAAGACAGAGAACUACUCUAUCACAGAAAACUCAGUAAAGAAUGUUGUGGCAUUGUCGUGGGAGGGAGGCACAGAAUUAAAAUUCCCCACUGUGAUGGUUAACCUCUGCUGGGGCUGAUAUUUGAAAUGUCAGUGAGUCAAACGUCUAGAGCAAAUAAAACAAACAAAAUGUCAUCAUCAUAUAAUGUGAUUAACUGAAUUGAUAUAGCAAUGCUUUUUCCCUGGUUUGUGACAUGCUGAUAGUUUAACUCUGACUGAAACCAAAUAAUCGGCAAUCACCUGUAAAAAUAGGCCUGAUAAAUGAUUUAUACUUGCAGAUUAAGGUGUAGUCAAUGAUCAUCAUCAAGCUGCAUCAGGAUAAGAAUUUGCCUGCACUUGUAAACUACAUCAUACAGAGUUUGGGCAGAUUCUUAUUCCAAUACUUCCCUUCACUGUUUGUCAUGUUAACAGAGUAUUUCUAGAUGCAGUUCAAGGUACUGAAUUUUUCCUAUUAUAAAAGGAGUUUGACAACAUGAAUUCUUUUUAUACAUGAGUUUUUUUGAGUCCAGUCUUUCCAGACAUUAAUUGAUGAAUGAGGCCUUUUCAUGGUGUGAACUUUUUGUAUUGCUGAAGACUUUUUUUAUAUAACUUCUAUUUUGUAAAUUAUAUCUAUUUUGUAACAAGAAAGGGCUGACAAACUUCACCUUUUUUUUCAUAAAAGAAAUAAAAUGUUUACUUUUUAAAUGAC